UUUCCCCCCCACUCCCUCACCUCAAUUAUACCACUGCUUCUUCUUCAAAGCAAAGCAGCUCAGCUCAGCUCGCCUUCAUCACUCUCACUCUACGCAUCAACAAGAUCAAGAAGCACCCGAUCGAGCUCGCCGGAGUCACCAGCGGUGUGGUCCUCCGUGAUCUUGAUCGAUGGAGAAGUGCAGGUCGGUGCCGCACGAGCACUCGGCGGCGUACUACGGGUGCGGCGGCGGGUACGACUACGAGGACGUGAGCGGCGCCGCCGCCAAGUCGUACAGCUUCAACGGGCCGAGCGCGCGCGACGACCCGGAGGCGAAGCGGCGGCGGCGGGUGGCGGCGUACAACGUGUUCGCGACGCAGGGAAGGCUCAAGUCCACCGUCCGCAGUAGCUUCAAGUGGAUCAAGUCCAAGUUCUCCGACGUCCGCUACGGUGGCCUCUGAACCCUAGCCACCUUGGCUUCAUAUAUGCAUCUAUAUAUUUAUAUGAUCUAUAUCUAUAUGACUAUAUGUAUGUAUACUGCUGCAUAUACGUGUGCAUGCGUGCAUGGCUAAAUUAAGCUGAUGCAUGUGUGUGCUUGUCUGAUGAGCUAUGGUGAUGAACUGUGUGUGUGUGUGUGUGUGAUCUUGAGCUGCCUCAUGGUGAGCUGCCAGAUCGGUCUAGCUAUGUGUUUUUGUUUCUGAUUUUCCUUUAGUUUGGCUUAUGAGAAAGAAGAGUGGGGAGAAAUUUGAAGAAUGCUGAAGUGGUUGUACCAUGCUUAAUUUGCGAAUUAAGUUGUAUCAAGCCAUGUUCUCUGUUUC